AUGAGCGAGAAGAAAGACAUUAUCAGUCAUCUCCUGGUGCUGGGAAAGCCUCGCAACAUGAGGACCAUUAUUUUAGUGUCAUUCGUGGCUGCGUUGAGCGUGGCAGCUGCUGCUCCUGAUGGUUGCUGUGGUGGAAGCCAUGGAGGCGGAGGCCACGGAGGUGGAGGAUAUGGAGGAGGAGGGGGAGGAGGCGGUGGCCAUGGAGGCGGAGGAGGCAGAGGCGGCAGAGUGGUGAAAGCACAGUUGGUCGGAGUUGGCACUCUUCCUAGCACUGGCGGAGGAGGAGGUGGAGGAUCAGGAGGUUAUGGCUCCCGCGGAGGUGGCUCUCGAGGUAACCACGGCAAAUCCAGCGGUGCCAGCAUUGUCCGAGCUGAGCUGGUAGGAGUUGGCACUCUUCCCAGCACUGGCGGAGGAGGAGGCGGAGGUUCAGGAGGCUAUGGCUCCCGCGGAGGUGGCUCUCGAGGUGGCCACGGCAGAUCCAGCGGUGCCAGCAUUGUCCGAGCUGAGCUGGUAGGAGUUGGCACUCUUCCCACAAAUGUCCUUGUGAAAUUUUACAAAUUUUAUUCGAGUGAUAUUGAGACCUUCGAUACUUAA